GAGUUGCACUGUUAUGUCUCACCCUCUUUUCACUGCACCAACUACUUUAAAAAUGUCGCUGCGUCCACUUGCCCUGUUGUACAAGUCGCUGCUUGAGUCAUACGCGCAUUGAUUAAAUGCACCAGAAGCUGCGACGAGUUUAAGUCCCUGUAGGAUGUUUCUUCCUCCCCCAUCUGUACUGCAAGUUGUCUCAGACGGAACUAGACGGAAGCAGGAUCUGAGGGAGGAAGAGAAAGAACAGCAGCUGUAACGGAGGACUGAGGGUCGCGCCAAAUUGUACUAAAGAAUGAAUUGCCCACGUUGGUUGCCGCUGGAAGCCAAUCCUGAUGUCGUGAACCAGGUACAUGACAUCCUGGGCAACUGACAGCAGACGAUGAUGCAGCUCAUCAGGCAAAUCAUCUUUCCCAGAUUCUUUGGGCUGACUGCUCGCUCUGGUGGUCCAUGCCAAAAAGCUGUACAGUUCAGCUGGAACAAUCUCUUCAGCCUGAUCUAAUGUUGCGUCUUCAGAAGUUGGGGGCCAUUGGAUGGGGUUUGUUCCUGCAGCAGCUCGGAUUGAUUCCCACCUGGCAGUUUGGCGACGUCUUUGGAAUGGAUCCUGAACUUCUCAGCCUGGUGCCAAGACCUGUCUGCUCAAUUCUCCUGCUCUUCCCAGUGACAGAAAAGUAUGAAGCCUACAAACAAGAAGAGGAAGCAAAAAUAAAAGCUGAAGGGCAAAAAGUCAACCCACGUGUUUAUUUCAUGAAACAAACCAUCAGUAAUGCCUGUGGGACUAUUGGGCUAAUACAUGCACUGGCGAACAAUCAAGAUAAAUUGGGAUUUGAAUGCAAUUCAGUUAUGAAAAGGUUUUUGGAGGAUUCAGCCAACUUAAGUCCUGAAGAUAAAGGAAAAUACCUGGAAAAAGAUGAGAGUAUUCGUGUUACACAUGAGUUCAGUGCACAAGAAGGCCAAACUGAGGCUCCAAGUUUAGAUGAGAAAGUAGACUUGCAUUUUAUAAGUUUUGUAAACGUUGACGGACAUCUUUAUGAACUGGAUGGACGCAAACCAUUUCCCAUAAAUCAUGGAGACACGACCGUUGACAGCUUGCUUGGGGAUGCAAUAGAAGUUUGUAAGAAGUUUAUGCAACGUGACCCUGAUGAAUUGCGGUUUACAGUGAUGGCUCUCUACAAGGUAUAAAGUGCUCCAACGCAGACAGAAAAAAGAAGCCACAAAACUAUACUUGGACUGACUUCCAGAGAUGUUGUUUCACUCUCUUCACAGUUCCCUGAACUUGUGAUAUUCUGAUUUAACUGUAGAGAUGAGUUCAUACUCUUAUGGAACAUGUUCAAUGUGUUCCUGGCACCAUCUCAUCUCCCCCAACCCACUUAAAGAAAUCUGGUAAUGAAGUGUUUAAUGCUGUGUACUUUUAUGUCUUGGUGUAACAACACCCCUCCGUUUUAUUGAAAUUAGUGCCAGCUUGCAUAAGGGAAUGAACAAAAUGGAGAAGAAUUUUAGCUGGAGGAAGAGAAUGUGAGACUCUUGCUGUAAUGUUUUCAACAGCUGUACUUAAAUCCCUAACGAGGAAAUAAAUGGAUGCCAUACAAUGACUUAAAAACUGUGAGAGUGCAGGUAAAGAAAAAUCUUGACAGUCCUUGCUCUCAGAAUCUCGAUGCUUGCUUUCAGUAUCUUGAUGCUGUUUGCUCAAUAAAUUUAACUACCAUUUG